AUGUCUUUCGCAAACAACCCUACACCCGCACAGGAAGAGUUCCAAGAUCUCUUGAACAAGAACGCCGGCAGUGACAGUCCUCCAGUACAUCCCGAGGACAGAGACUACGACCGUGAAGCUAGACACAGCGAGGACGACGAAGAAGACCGUUGGCUCAACGAACAAAUAGACGCCACCAUGCGUAUGCCCAGCCUCAGAGGUACCGCCGAGGGCGCCAACUAUAAGCUGCCACCGGCAAGCUUCGACAAGGGAGCCAGCACAGGUGUAAAGGGCGUCAUCGCAGACGCAAGAGCAUACGAAGAAGCACGCCAUGGCAGGUUCAGGGACAAGGUCCGCGCCGCCAGACGGUCCGUCUUUGGCAUGGGCAACAUCAAGGCCAAGGAUCCCGACAGUCAGAGUGAGGCCAGCAGCGACGGCGAGUUAGACGCCGACGAGGAGGCCUUCCUUUCGCAAUGGCGGGAGUCUAGGCGGCACGAGCUUGAGCAAGAGACCAAGAACGGUAUGCGGAACCGAAGGACUAGUCCAAGUCUGCGCACGUUCGGCCGCAUGGACACCGUUGACGCUCUCGGAUAUCUCGAUGCCAUCGAAAAGGUCGGCAGAGAUACGAUCGUUGUUGUGUUCGUCUAUGACCACGAGUGCGAGGUAUCAAGUCUCAUCCAUGAGGCAUUACGGCCAUUGGUCAUCGAAAACCCUUACAUCCACUUUGUCAAGGUUCACUACGAGGACAUUGAGUUCGACAAUGCUGCCGUACCAACAAUCUUGGCAUACAAAAACCAAGGCGACCUCAUUGCCAAUAUGACGGGCAUCAUCGACCUGAUUCCCGAGGACGAGGACUUUGACACUGACUCGCUCAGGAAACUUUUCCAAAAGAACAGUCUUCUAUGA